UCAGUACUGGAGACAAGAGACAGAUGAAGUUGACAAGUGGAGUGCUCCGGUUGAGUAAUUCCUAUGUUCUCCUGAACAGAAAUACCCAUUGAAGCUGCUUCUCCUGAGAUGAUGUAAUUUCAUGUCUCUCUUAUUCCAGUCUGUGUUUUACAGACAAAGUCAUUGAGAGGGGCUCAAAGGGACCGGUUGGGAGGGACGCUUACUGCAAGUGGACAAAUGGACAAGAGAGGAAGAAAGACCAAAUAAGAACAAAUACAAAGAAACUAACUCCACUCCUCCUCUCUCUCUCGGGCCCCAUGCUGACCUCACUACCAUUGUAACCGAGCUUUGAAUCCUUUCUUCCACCAGCACUUCUACCUUCUCUUUACUCUCAUCCCUCUUGUGUGUUGCAGGUUUACCUCCACCCCAGAAAGAUGACUGUCUCCAGCCUGUGGUAUCCAGAAUGCGGGGUGGCCCGGCCUAGUCCAGUUACUGGCAGCUCCAACGAGCCGUGCGUUAGGCAGUGCCCUGACUCUGAAGUGGUGAUCACACCCUCACCUGUUGUUGUGACCAUCCCCGGACCAAUUCUCAGCAAUUUCCCUCAGCAGAGUGAAGUAGCAGCCAUAGGAGCACCUGUGGUGGGAGCCGGUUUGGGGGGCUCAUUUGGUUGGGGGGGAUUGCGUGGCCAUGGAGGCCUUUACGGAGGGUUGUAUGGUUUAGGGAGGUUAGGUGGUUAUAGUGACCAUUAUGGUUAUGGGGGAUUAUUGGGCCAUGGGGGAUACUGUGGUUACCCAGGUCUUUACGGUUAUGGGGGAUUAUUGGGUUAUGGGGGACACUGCGGUUACCCAGGCCUUUAUGGUUCCGGGGGAUUAUGGGGGUAUGGGGGAUAUGGCCGUAGGUCUCUUGGUGGAUAUUGUGGGCCAUGUUAAACCCAGCAGGAACACCCAUAAAAGAAGGAAGAACCAGGAAUUUAACAGCAAGAUACAGAUUCUCCCCUGAGCCUAUGGGCAUGGCUUUCAGAAGUGCUGGGCAAACAGGGCUCCAGCUGAACCCAGUGGGAGCUCUGUGUGCUCAGCACCUUGGCCUGACAGCCGUGCUGCAUUUCUAAUGUUACGCUUUAGGACUCUUUCUGCCAAGGCUUUCCCACCCGCGUGCUGAUUCUCUCUUUCACAUGUGGACUCAUUCUGAAUUACACGCAGGCUGUUUACACUGACCCCGCAGGGUGAAGGAACAGCAGCCUUCAAAUAGGCAGCGUUUAUGUUUAGUAUCACUUUAAGUCCCUUUUAGGCACCACAUUUUCUACCUUUCCAUCAGUAUGUACCUUUAGUGCCUCACCUUGAUCUUUGCUCUGGCCAGAUGUCUAAUGGAAAGGCUGCAUAGUCUAUUUUGCUUCGUCUCAUUUCCCACCAACUGGAAUAAGACAAAGAUCUUAUAAUGGUUA